AUGUCGUUUGAUAUAAACUGGGAAAAGCUCACUUCGGACUCUGAGAUUAAUGACUUAAUUAGAAAUCUUCUACAUGAACAGUUCCAAUCGUUGACAUUACCCUCAUAUAUAUCAAAUCUUGAGGUUGUUAAUUUCAAUUUGGGAGACAUUGCGCCUGAGAUUACUAUAAGGCAUAUCGGGGAUCCAUUUGAAGAAUUUUAUGCUAAUGGCGAAGAUGGAUCCGAGACUGAGAGAGACGCUAUUGGUGCAGGUAAUGCGGUAUCAAAAGGUAUUCCUAAGGAAGUGGGGGAGGAUGAGGAGGUAAAUGAAGAAGAUAAGGAGGGAGCCUUUGAUAACGAUGAUGACAAUGAAGAUGACGGCGAUGAUAACGAUGGUAGUGAUGAUGAUGAUGACGAUGAUGAUGAUGAUGAUGACGAUGAUGAUGAUGACGAUGACGACGAUGAUGAUGAUGACGAUGACAACAAAGAGGAUGAUGAUGACAAAGAGGUUGAUGAUGACAAAGAGGAUGCAGGCAAAGAUAAGAAUAAUAAGAAUGAUGACGAGUUGUCCACAGUGGAGGAAGGUCUCAAUCAGCUAAAUGUCACCUCCAGCACUACCGAGGUACCAACUUUAUCGCAACAGCAGCGACCGCCAUUAACGAGUUCAAAAAAGAAUGCACCUGCUCUCACUCAAUUCAAAGAUUCUUUUCAGUCGAUUUUAAACCCGUAUGGUGUAAAUAGCAUGACUGGAUCUACACCCAUUGCUACUUCGGUAGCAGCCGGAACGGAACCACAUACCAAUAUCUUAAAUCAAAAUAGCUUGUCUUCCCGAGUAAUUCCCAAAAUUUCAACAAAACUGAAACUGAAAGCUAAACAUAAAGUUGGGCUAGAGGAUGUUCAAUUAAUAGCUGAAAUCAAUUAUAAGGGCGACUUGCAAAUAGAUAUACUAGUCACAUUAUUGGUGAAUUAUCCAUCUCCAAAUUUUAUAUCACUUCCUAUAAAGCUUCAUGUGACAGAUUUGGUUAUCCAUUCUAUUGCCACUAUUGCCUACUUGAAGAAUGCUGUGUUCUUGUCCUUCUUGUGCGAUGUGAAUGAUGAAGCAGAUGGGCAUAUGAGUGGCACAUCACCGGCCUCCACGCCCACUGCUACAAACAGCGGUGGUAAUUUCGUCGAUUACUAUUUUCACAACCCAAACAAUAAAGAGAGAAUAGAUAUCAUCAAAAAGAUCAAGAUUGAAAGUGAGAUUGGUGAGGUGGAGAAUAAUGUGUUGAGGAACGUUGGUAAAGUUGAAAAGUUUUUAAUGGAGCAGUUACGAAGUAUUUUGAGAGACGAAAUUGCAUGGCCAAGUUGGGUUUGCAUUGAUUUGAGUGAAGAGGAGGAAGAACAAGAGAGUCUUGCAGUAUAG